UGGGUUUACUCACAUGUUCGUCGGUGAUUUUGAUGACCACAGCUACCCUAUAUAAUUUUUAUUGUAUGUUACGGCGGUCAGUGUAGAUUUUAUUAUCAUAUUCGAAGUAUAACUAAUAAUAUCUUUUGAAACGUUCCUGCCAAUUGGAUCAUAAUAUUAUUGUAUUCAACAUGGGAACUUUAUCAAUCGUAAUAUUCUGCUUCUUUGCAAUCGCCAGCAUAUUCGACACAACACAUGCAACAUUUGGUGGCAAAGAACAUGUACAUAUCCGUGUUCAUGUGCCAACCAUUGUGAAAGAAGUUUAUGUAAAAAAACCAGUUCACCAUCACGAACACCACGAUGAUCAUUAUUCUGGUCAUAGUGAUCAUGGAAGUUCAUCUGGUGGUUAUGGAGGAUCUUCUAGUAGUUAUGGUAGUGGUGGAGAUGAUUCGUAUAGUGAUCACGGAUCUUCUGGUAUUUAUGAUUCUGGAUCAAGUGGACAUGGUGGUAGUAGCUAUGAUGAUAGCUCAUCCGAUGAAUAUAUUUCCAGUGAUCACGGAUCAGGAGGUUAUAGUGGAUCUUCCGGUGGUUACAGUGGUUCAUCAGGAGGAUUCGGUGGAUCUUCUGGUGGAUAUGGUGGUUCAUCAGGAGGAUAUAGUGGAUCUUCUGGUGGCCAUGGAGGUUCAUCAGGAGGUUAUAGUGGAUCUUCUAGUGGUUACAGUGGUUCAUCAGGAGGAUUUGGUGGAUCUUCUGGUGGAUAUGGUGGUUCAUCAGGUGGAUAUGGUGGAUCAUCAGGUGGACAUGGUGGUUCAUCAGGUGGAUAUGGCGGUUCAUCUGGAGGAUAUAGUGGAUCGUUCGGUGGUCAUGGAAGUUCAUCAGGAGGCUACAGUGGCUCCUUAGGAAGCUACGGAAGUUCUUCUGGAGGUUAUGGUGGUUCUUCAAGCGGAAUUUUAUUUAGUGGGUAUUCUGCUAGUAAUCACAAAGGAUCAUCCGGUGGAUACGGCGGAAGUUCAUCAGGUGGCUACGGUGGUAGUUCACUUGGUGGGCACGGUGGAAGUUCAUCCGGUGGAUAUGGAGGUAGUUCAUUUGGUGGACACGGAGGAAGUUCGUCUGGUGGAUAUGGUGGAAGUUCAUUCGGAGGACAUGGAGGAAGUUCAUCCGGUGGAUACGGAGGAAGCUCGUCCGGUGGAUAUGGUGGAAGUUCAUUCGGAGGAGGACAUGGAGGAAGNUCAUCCGGUGGAUACGGCGGAAGUUCAUCAGGUGGCUACGGUGGUAGUUCACUUGGUGGGCACGGUGGAAGUUCAUCCGGUGGAUAUGGAGGUAGUUCAUUUGGUGGACACGGAGGAAGUUCGUCUGGUGGAUAUGGUGGAAGUUCAUUCGGAGGACAUGGAGGAAGUUCAUCCGGUGGAUACGGAGGAAGCUCGUCCGGUGGAUAUGGUGGAAGUUCAUUCGGAGGAGGACAUGGAGGAAGCUCGUCUGGUGGAUAUGGUGGUAGUUCAUUCGGUGGAUCCGGAGGAAGUUCAUUCGGAGGAUAUGGUGGAAGUUCAUUCGGAGGAGGACACGGAGGAAGUUCAUCUGGUGGAUACGGAGGUAGUUCAUUUGGUGGACAUGGAGGAAGCUCGUCCGGUGGAUAUGGUGGAAGCUCAUUUGGAGGAUAUGGUGGAAGUUCCUCCGGUGGAUUUGAAGGUGGUUCAUUUGGGGGACAUGGAGGAAGUUCAGGAGGUUUUGGAGGCUACUCGGGUAGUGGUUCCAGCUCUGGUGGUCAUGGUGGAGACACCUAUUCAGCCCCAGGACAAGAUAGCUAUGGACCACCAGGCGAAAGUUUUCCUUAUACUAAAAAAUGAGCCACAGUGAAAUUUCAAAACAAAUACUUUAUUUUUAACAUGAAUUUAAUUUUAAUUUUGU